AUGUCACCUCGUCAUUAUAAAGGCCCAAAGAACGGCGUCAUAAAAGCUCAAUCAGCGGUUAGGGGCGAUAAAAAACUCUCCAACCUCGCAGACCAGGGUCUUUUGGCACUUGGAGAUAUCAUUUCUCGGUCCAAGAAAGAUGAUUGCGCGCAACAAGCUGUAUCUGUCGGUGUGAUAAAUGAAUUCACAAAUCAUGAAGACGCCACAUAUCAUCAUACGAGUACCACAGAUGAGCAACGCCCCGAGCCCAAAGAUCAGACUGAAUAA